GUCAAUUAGUAUUGUAUCAAACAAUUCAUGCCGUAUGGCCAUUGUGUCUAAAACCCGGUGCAUAUAAUUUAUAAUUUCUCUUUUUAAACAAUUAGUAAACGAAUUAGAAUAUGAGUAUUGCCAGUGAAUGUAUUCAACUUUCAAGUGGUUAUAGUAUGCCACUUAUUGGAAUUGGAACUUAUAAAAUACAUGGCAAGGAAACUAUUUACGAGGUAAUCGAUGAAAGCUUGAAAGUAGGUUUUAAAUCGAUUGAUACAGCAGCAGUAUAUAGAAACGAAGAAGAAAUUGGUGAUGCUUUAAAGGAAUUAUUACCUAAAUAUAAUCUCCGAAGAGAAGAUAUCUUUGUCACUACUAAAUUAGCACCCAGUGAAAAUGGAGAUCCAGAAGGUAUACAACGAUCGGUUUUAAAAUCUCUCAAAUCGCUUGGUCUUUCUUAUAUUGAUUUAUAUUUGAUACAUUGGCCUGGAGCUGCACGCAUUCCUGAAAAUUCUCAACAAAAUAAAGAUUUGCGUGCUUGUACCUGGGAAAAACUAGUAGAAUUACAUAACCAAGGUUUAAUAAGAUCUAUUGGUGUUUCUAAUUAUACUGUAGAUCACUUAAAACAAUUAUUGAAUAAUUAUUACGGUGUAAAACCUGCAGUUAAUCAAGUGGAAUGUCACCCGCAUUAUCGUCAAGAGGAAUUAAUUAAAUUUUGUAAUGCAGAAGGAAUACAUAUACAAGCAUAUUCCUCUUUAGGUACAAGUACCAAUACAAAUCUUCUUAAAGAUCCUGUUAUUAAUAUUAUUGCUUCAGAGAUUAAUAUAUCUCCAGCAAGAUUAUUAUUGAAAUGGGCUUUACAACAAGGCAUUGGUGUCAUUCCCAAGGCUGUAAAAAAAGAACAUAUACGAGAUAACAUAAAUUUAAAUUUUAUUAUUGAUGCGAAACAAAUGAAAAUUUUAUCAAGUCUCCCACAAAUUAAAUAUGCAUGGGAUCCAAAAAAUGUUUAUUAA